AGCGGCCCCGCCGCCCUGGAGUUCCCGCGAGUGGCCCCGCGCCGGGAGCUCCGGAGCGCGCGGGGGGCUGUACGUUUGGAGGCGGGAGCAGCUGGGGCACCAAAAUAGGAGCCGUUGUGGGCUGGAGCUGCACUAGCAGGCAGCCUAAGCCGCGCCUCUUCCAAAGAUGGUCAGGGGGUCCCGAGGCGCCUCUGCCUCCGCUGGCUGCUAACCCGCCGGCCCGCGCCGCGUCCCGAAGCCGCCGCCGCCGGAGGUUGCCAUGGCUCUAAAAGGACAAGAAGAUUAUAUUUACCUUUUCAAGGAUUCAGCACAUCCAGUGGAUUUUCUGGAUGCAUUCAAAACAUUUUACUUGGAUGGAUUAUUUACUGAUAUUACCCUUCAGUGUCCUUCAGGCAUAAUCUUCCAUUGUCACCGGGCUGUUUUAGCUGCUUGCAGCAAUUAUUUUAAGGCAAUGUUCACAGCUGACAUGAAAGAAAAGUUUAAAAAUAAAAUAAAAAUCUCUGGUAUCCACCAUGAUAUUUUGGAAGGUCUUGUCAAUUAUGCAUACACUUCCCAAAUUGAAAUAACUAAAAGAAACGUUCAAAGCCUGCUUGAAGCAGCAGAUCUGCUACAGUUCCUUUCAGUAAAGAAAGCUUGUGAGCAGUUUCUGGUAAGGCACCUGGAUAUAGAUAACUGUAUUGGAAUGCACUCCUUUGCAGAAUUUCACAUGUGUCCAGAACUAGAGAAGGAAUCUCAAAGAAUUCUGUGCUCAAGGUUUAAGGAAGUAUGGCAACAAGAAGAGUUUCUGGAAAUCAGCCUUGAAAAGUUUGUCUUUAUCUUGUCCAGGAAGAAUCUCAGCGUUUGGAAAGAAGAAGCCAUCAUAGAGCCAGUAAUUAAGUGGACUGCUUAUGAUGUAGAAAAUCGAAUUGAAUGCCUGUACAAUCUACUGAGCUAUAUCAACAUAGACAUAGACCCAGUGUAUUUAAAAACAGCUUUAGGCCUUCAAAGAAGCUGCCUGCUAACAGAAAAUAAGAUACGAUCUCUAAUAUAUAAUGCCCUGAAUCCCAUGCAUAAAGAGAUUUCCCAGAGGUCCACAGCCACCAUGUAUAUCAUUGGAGGCUAUUACUGGCACCCUUUGUCAGAGGUUCAUAUAUGGGAUCCUUUGACAAAUGUUUGGAUUCAGGGAGCAGAAAUACCAGAUUAUACCAGGGAGAGCUAUGGUGUUACCUGUUUGGGACCCAACGUAUAUGUAACUGGGGGUUAUAGGACAGAUAACAUAGAAGCUCUUGACACCGUGUGGAUCUAUAACAGUGAAAGCGAUGAAUGGACAGAAGGUUUGCCAAUGCUCAAUGCCAGGUAUUACCACUGCGCAGUCACCUUAGGUGGCUGUGUCUAUGCUUUAGGUGGUUACAGAAAAGGGGCUCCAGCAGAAGAGGCUGAGUUCUAUGAUCCAUUAAAAGAGAAAUGGAUUCCCAUUGCAAACAUGAUUAAAGGCGUGGGAAAUGCUACUGCCUGUGUCCUACAUGAAGUUAUCUACGUCAUUGGCGGACACUGUGGCUACAGAGGAAGCUGCACCUAUGACAAGGUCCAGAGCUACAAUUCAGACAUCAACGAGUGGAGCCUCAUCACCUCCAGUCCACACCCAGAAUAUGGAUUGUGUUCAGUUCCAUUUGAAAGUAAGCUCUAUCUAGUUGGUGGACAGACGACAAUCACGGAAUGCUAUGACCCUGAACAAAAUGAGUGGAGAGAGAUAGCACCCAUGAUGGAAAGAAGGAUGGAGUGUGGUGCUGUCAUCAUGAAUGGGUGUAUUUAUGUCACUGGGGGAUAUUCCUAUUCGAAGGGAACAUACCUUCAGAGCAUUGAGAAGUAUGACCCAGAUCUUAAUAAGUGGGAGAUAGUGGGUAAUCUUCCAAGUGCCAUGCGGUCCCAUGGAUGCGUUUGUGUGUACAAUGUCUGACUGACUUUGUAGAAAUGGCCAAGUAAUCACUGUUUUGGGGUAUAGUAAAAAAAUGCACGGUUUAGAGUCCCUUGCCUGUUCUUGUGGCCUGGCACAUAACAGGUAAAUUCUCAUUCCUAAACCCCACUCUACACCCUAACCCAGUGAUUAAUGAUCCAGAGAAAUCUGGUGUAUAUAUAUAUUUACAGUUGCAUCAGUGAGGUUAACAUCUUAAAAUCUCUGCUUUUCGAAGAUUGUCUGGAAUAUUGGAUGCUUGGUAAAUGUGAAAUGCCUUUGUAGUGAUUUUUUUCUCCUGGUAGCACGAACACUGGGUAUAGGUCAGAAUUAUUCUUUGGAAUGAAAUGUCUCUUAUGACCCUGCAAUGUAAUAGACAGUGCACAUUAAGGUUCCAUUUAGCUGUGUGGAAUUUGAAAUUUAAGGAGGGAAUCUUCUCUACCUCUACAAAAUCAACACUAAAACUUUUUUAAAUCACCUUUAGGAUUAUUUAGAGUGUAGAUUUAAGUUUAGUUUUUCCCCUUGUGUGUAUAAUUUAUUGUUAUCCUUUAUUUACUGACUAACAGAUAUACAAGAUACUGUGCAAAUGAUUAUUACUAUUGAGAGUAAAUACUGUGCAAAGUAUAAGUACUUUUGAGAGUUUACAAAGUAAAAGAAUGACAGAUCUGAAAAAUGUCAGAGAAAGUAGUCAAACAUUUGCUGAUGAUAAGAAUUAUUUUUAAUUUUUAGCUUUGUUGUAAAUUACUCAAUUAGGUAUUUUUAGUUUAAGCAUGUUAGAAAGUCCUCUUUAUUCAUAAAUGUAGACACAUCUGCAUAAAGCCAGAAAGCAGGUAGAACAGUUAUGAUACAGUAGAAAAUACCCUGAUGAGAAGAUGUUUGCAUUCAUUUUCCAGCUCGGCCACUAACAAGAUUUUGUGACUUGGACUGAGUCACUUAAGCUCCCCUCAAUUAAGAGGUUCCCAACCCACGCACACUGGCACUUUGGGUCCUUUGGGUGCCUAGAUAGGGAUCCUUAUAACCCUUGGGGUAGUCAGAGGUGGCCUGGGUGGCUGGAGCUUCUGGGCCAGAAACACCUAUGCCCAUUUUUAUGACUGUCAGUGUGUGCCAUAACCUGAGAAAAGUUGGGAAGCAUUGCUCCAGUUAACUCCUCUAAACUUUUAGUAAUCUGUUAAACCAUCUAUCCACACCCUUUUUUUAAAAAAGAGAUAGCUAUUAUUUUAAAAUUUAAAUACAGAAGUUUAAAAUUAAUGCUUUUUUAAAAUUUUAGAAACUGUUUAAUGCAUUCACUUUAGAUGACAUUUUAAAUAGGUGCAAUUCUUGCGACUGCAACAUGGUACUGCAAAGAAAGAGCCUUAAAAAUGACUGCAUCGCUCUGGCCAGUGUGGCUCAGUUAAUUGGAGCAUUAUCAUAUAUACCAAAAAGUUGGAGGUUUGGUUUCUGGUCAGGGCAUGUACCUGGAUUGUAGGUUCAAUCCUGGUCAGGGCGCAUAUGUUUAAAGAGAAAACAAGACCAUUCCUUUGCCCAUAAACUCUACUCCUAAAGAAUACUAUCAAAACAAAACAAACAAACAAAAAAGGUAAAUUCAUGAGAAUGUUUGUUUGUAUUAUAACAAAAAAAAUUGGAAAUAAUAUACAUGUCAGAGGAGAAAGUGGGCUAAUAAAAAUAGUGAAAUGUUAUACUGCCAUUAAAAUAAUUAUUUGGAAGACUGUAGAAAUAUGGAUGUGUCUGUAAUACAGUAAGUAAGAUAAGCACAAUGUAAAAUAGUAUGCACACUAUGAUUGUGACUUUGAAAAUGUUUAUGCAUGUGGGAGAUAAUAUGCAAAACUGAAAUUCAUUGUGUUAGUGUAGGGGGAUGUGGAAUGAUUUUUAAUUUAUUUCAAUGCCUUUCUCUAAUACUACUUUGUAUUUUCAAUAAAAAUAAGUCAAUCACUGUA